AUGUUGGAGCUGUCUCGGCCCUCCAAACAUCGACCUGUCCAAAUCCUGUGGGACGAUCUCGAACCUGGCAAACUGGUGUGGUUUCGUGGCUGGUUCCCAUUCAACAAGGCCGAGUCUGAGCUCAUGGAAACCAAGGUUGAAAUCCCCACCAACGACAAGUGCCAGGGCAAAAUCGAUCGCCACUUGUACGACCACCAAGUCUGCGGCGACAAUGACCGCAUCGACAGCUGCCGGUCGUUCUUUUUAGGAUCCCUCAUGAUCGAGAUUGGUGGCACCGAUUUCCUUAUUGGCACGUUGAACAUGGGCAACUGUGUCGGGGACCCCAAGUUCCAGGUAUUCAAUCGCCUCUCGGCCGGUCGUUCCUUCAUCGAGCCCUUCCUGUGCAGAGGAUAG